AUGAGUUCUGGGUUCGCCGUUGAUGUGCCUGUCACAGACCUAGAUGCGGACGACGAGACGUUUAGAAUUGAUGACUAUGACGAUGACAACGUUUCGCUGGAUUUGCGCAACCUAAGACCUGCUCCUGAAUCUUUCUUUGGGAAGGUCAAGACAAACUUCCUCAAGGUGUUCCGACAGAGCCCCAAGGGCUUUGAGUAUCUCGACACGAUCGAGAUGUUUGACCGCAACAGGUCAGAUUCGAGUUUUGCCGAGCUGGGCGAGUUCGGGCCAGUGAAAUCACGCAACUACAAAAAGCUGUAUUUCCAUCUUCUUCUGGGCGGGUUUUUGGCCAUAUUGCUCGCCAUCUCGCUUGUCGUUACGCGCUCACGCUCGGGAGGAUCUGUCAAAACAUUGGCAAAGCCUAUAUUGUCCAACGGAACGCACGAGUUCUACCCAACGACUAUUCUUAUCUCUCUUGACGGGUUCCAUCCUCACUACAUCUCGCCGGCCCUGACGCCGUUCUUGCACAAUUUGAUGAUCGGAAAGGGAUAUGCACCGCCAUACAUGAUUCCAUCAAAUCCAACAGUCACGUUUGCGAACCACUAUACGCUGGUGACGGGGCUCAAACCUAUUUAUCACGGAAUCGUCUCGAACCGCUUCUACGACGCCGCAUCGCACGAAACCUUCGCCAAUACCAACGACUCGAUCGCUUUGAAGCCCCAAUGGUGGGGUGGUGAGCCCUUGUGGUCUACAGCAGCCCGCCAGGGCGUCAGCAGCGCAGUACACAUGUGGCCAGGGUCGGAGGUCGAUUAUGGCACAAAUAUGAAUCCCAUGGAGGUUGACCGGUUCAACAAGUCUGAAGUUUUGUCGAGGAAAAUUGACCGCCUAUUUGAGUGGCUGGACAGGCCGUUGGCUUUAAGGCCCGAGUUGCUAUUAUCUUACGUUCCAACCAUAGACACUCUGGGCCACGAGUACGGGGUUUCUGGUCCGGAGCUUGCCCAAGGACUCACGUAUGUGGACCGCUUUUUGGAGGCUGUCUACGUGGAGUUGGAGAAACGCAACCUGACCCAUCUGGUGAACAUGAUUGUUGUUUCUGACCAUGGCAUGGCGCCUACUUCUGACGAACGUCUUAUUUAUUUGGACGAUUUGGUGGAGCUGGAUAAAAUCGAACAUAUUGACGGCUGGCCACUGUAUGGGCUUCGGCCAUUUGCCGAGUUCGAUGUGGAUGAGGUGUUUAGCGAGAUCAUGGAGAAAUACCGCGCAGAUCCGCAGAACAGCCACUACAGUGUGCACAAAAAGGAGGAUAUCGAGAACCAGCUGGUUGGAGGAAGAAGUCAGUACGACUCGCGUAUCGCGCCGAUAUGGAUCAUUCCAAAAGUUGGCUAUGCAAUCACCACGCACGAGUUUAUGGAGAAGAACCACCACUACACUCCAAAAGGCGUGCAUGGCUACAACAACACGGAAGUGCUGAUGAGGUCAUUAUUUAUUGCUACGGGCCCCUACUUUGAGCACAAAAUGGGCUCGUCCUACAAGAUGCUGCCGUUCGAAAACACUGAGGUGUACAACAUUGUGUGCGAGUCGCUGAAUUUGACGCCUGCUCCCAACAACGGCAGUCUGCCCUCCGUGCUGUCCCCGAGUCACGCGCUGCCCGAGACGUGGAGGGACAGCAGGAAAUACCCGGACACGGACUUUGACGUGGAGUGGGUCUACAAAACAGCGACCGUGGACCUUCUGUGGGGCGACAGCCGUGCUGAGCCAGAUCUGAAGGGAGAGGAGGGGGACGAUGAGAAGGGAGAGGAGGGGGAUGAGAAGGAUGAGGAGGAGGAAGAGGAAAAGGAAAAGGAGAAGGAAGAGGAAGAGAAGGAGAAAGAGAAAGAGAAGGAAAAGGAGAAGGAGAAGGAGAAGGAGAAGGAGAAGGAGAAGGAAAAGGAAAAGGACAAGGGGGACAAAGAGAAAGGCAAGGGUCAGGCCCAUGAUGAUCCUGAUAAUUCGAGCGAUGACGAUUCGGACGCGGACGACGAAGACUCCGAGCCCGACCGUGCUCCUCCCGGCAAGCCACACUUCUCAUUCCACGACAUGUGGGAGUCUGUGGAGGAGGCUGCCGAAGAUAUUAUCGAAGAAGUGGAGGAUUUUUUUGACGAGUCGUCCUGA